UCUCUGUCUCUGGUCUAGAAGUGCUCCUCCAGCAGCAUCAGCACCACAGCGCUCCUGGAUGCUGCGCUGGAGUAUGCACGCAUGCGCACCACAGUGGAAUUACUGCACAGCGCUCUCUUAAGUUGGAUCUUCUCUGUCUUCACGGAAACCAGAAAACAUAUAAAAGUAUGGCGAUCUUUAGAAUUAGACAAAAGAGCUUCGUGCGCGUCUGGACGUUUCCCGUGAUCGUGGCCGUGGUGUGCGCGCAAAGUGUCAAUGAUCCAAGCAAUAUGUCUCUCGUAAAAGAAACUGUUGAUAGACUAUUGAAAGGAUAUGACAUUCGCUUGAGGCCAGAUUUCGGAGGUCCUCCGGUGGGAGUGGGGAUGAAUAUAGACAUAGCCAGCAUAGACAUGGUCUCAGAAGUGAAUAUGGACUACACACUGACUAUGUAUUUCCAACAAGCCUGGCGAGACAAGCGUCUGUCCUAUUCUGAGAUUCCUCUUAACCUGACGCUGGAUAACCGGGUAGCUGAUCAGCUGUGGGUGCCGGACACAUACUUCCUAAAUGACAAGAAGUCUUUUGUACAUGGUGUAACAGUGAAGAACAGAAUGAUCCGUCUCCAUCCAGAUGGCACUGUGCUUUAUGGGCUCAGGAUUACGACCACAGCUGCCUGCAUGAUGGACUUGCGCAGAUACCCGCUUGAUGAGCAGAACUGCACGCUGGAAAUUGAGAGCUACGGCUACACCACAGAUGAUAUUGAGUUUUACUGGCGAGGAGGAGACCAUGCAGUAACGGGGGUUGAAAGGAUAGAGCUUCCUCAGUUCUCCAUAGUGGACUACAAACUCAUCUCAAAAAACGUGGUGUUUUCUACAGGUUCAUAUCCUCGCCUCUCCCUGAGCUUCAAGCUUAAGAGAAACAUUGGCUACUUCAUUCUGCAGACCUACAUGCCUUCCAUCCUAAUCACCAUCCUGUCCUGGGUAUCCUUCUGGAUCAACUAUGAUGCCUCGGCUGCCAGGGUUGCUUUAGGUAUCACCACUGUGCUGACCAUGACCACCAUCAACACACAUUUGCGGGAGACGCUUCCAAAGAUCCCGUAUGUCAAAGCCAUUGACAUGUACCUGAUGGGCUGCUUCGUCUUCGUCUUCCUGGCUCUGCUGGAGUACGCGCUGGUCAACUACAUCUUCUUUGGCAGAGGACCGCAGCGGCAGAAGAAAGCUGCAGAGAAAGCCUCCACAGCCAACAACGAAAAGAUGAGAAUGGAUCCCAACAAAUGGUUGGUGGGAAAUGUAGUUCAGAGAGACGAUGCUCUGUAUGCCAGAAUGAAACAGAGGGAUAUUGACGCGCAUGACUCCAUGUGGGAACCGAUCUUUGUGGAUGAUGCAGCAUUAGGACUAGGCGAUUCAAAAAAUAAGAUGGACCCUCAUGAAAACAUCCUUCUCAGUCCUCUGGAGAUCAAGAAUGAAAUGGGCACAUCGGAGUUGAGCCUAGGUCUGGGUGACCCCCGUGCAACCAUGCUGGCCUUCGACAGCACCUCGCUGCAGUAUCGCAAAGCCGGCCUGGCCAGACACAACUUUGGACACAAUGCGCUGGAACGCCAUGUGGCUCAGAAGAAGAGCCGGCUACGGCGGCGCACUUCACAGCUUAAAAUCACCAUCCCUGACUUAACUGACGUCAAUUCAAUCGACAAGUGGUCGAGAAUGAUCUUCCCCACCGUAUUCUCCUUCUUCAACGUCGUCUAUUGGCUUUAUUAUAUCAACUAACUGGAUUCCAGUCCGUCUGAGAAGCGCCACUUAUUUUUAUGUCCGUAUAUUCUUCUGUCUGAUUUUGCAAUACAAGCAGGACUUAUGUUGACAAAUUCAAAUCAGGACUAAUUCUCUUUGACCUUGGGUUCACUUUAAUUGCUGGCUGACACUGAUACUCUAAAGAGGUUAAGUACAAAUGGUGCCUGCUCCAAAAAUCAAUCAUUUUCAGUGCGCUUGCGUUUGGUUUGAUAGAUUUUUUAAAAUCGAUAGAUCUGUUUUGUUGCCAAAUUAUCAAAACAGUUACUGCUGCAAAUUAGUUAUCUUUAUACCAACAAAAAAAGACAAAACAUGGACGUCCACAGUUCUUUGCCCUUUUAGCCAUUUCUAAGAGAGCAGCACUGGAUAAUUUAAUAUUUAUAUACAUUCAUUUGUAAUCUUUCUUGUUUUCACGGUCUAUUGAGUGAAGAGACUCUUAUGAAUAGUUUUAACAUAAGGCUGUAUUUUCUACUUCUCUACUCACAGAUGGUUUAUUUAUUCAAGAGAAUUUAUUACACACUUUUACGUAACCUCGUUUAUUUUGAUAAAACUUUUCACUCAAAUACUGUACUCUAAAUUUUAUCCUCACACCUUUGCCGGCUUUAUAUUUCCACGAUGCUUGUAUUAUGUUUAAUUUCUUGCUUUGGAAAUUGAAGGCAUUACUAUUAAUGACGCAAUCCCAAAUUUGAUAGCACUCAUAGAUUUAAUUUGUUAUUCAGCUAAUCUCUCCGUUAGCAUUCCCACUCAUUCUCAUGAGCACUCGGUUCACUUGAGCUGUAAAUGUCACGUGACUGAUAAAGCGCAAUGCUUAUUGGCUGAUAGCAGGAGCAGUGGCAGAGGAACAUGCACAAGCUUACGAUGCUUUUGGGAAACGCAGCCCAGCAUGGGUUAACCGGAUGCUGACCAGCUAAACUUUGACAUAAUGGGCCAGUUUUACUAACAGCUUGCGCCAGCACAAACCGUGUUUUGGCGUUAAAAUAAUACUGUCAGGUUUUACUAAAUAUGCGCAGUGAAGAAUUAGCUCUGAAAACGCCUGACCUUAUUGAAUAUGCAUUUGUAGGAGUAAAAAUUUAUGGGAAGAGAAUAUUCAAAGGAAUUAAGCAAUGUGUUUUACUGACAUUUUCGCUCCUCAAAUUAAUGGCAUUUGCGUCAUUAUUUAACGGCCCCAAAAAAGCAUGUCUUAAACUAUUUUGCACUUGAAAUGGCAAUUGAAUUGUUGUUGCUGAGAAGGAGGCACUGAAGAAAACAGAGAUGAUUUUUUUUGUUUUUUUUCACAUUUAUUAAUUUAUUAAGAAUGCCAGAAGAACACAUUAUCCGAGCAUAUCAUUUGCCAAGCCAUGUUAUUUUUAAUUUGCUUCAGGACAUAAAAGACGACUUCGAACCUUCAACUAGGAGUCACGCAAUUCCAGGUCUAUCAAAACUUCUCACAACCCUUCAUUUUUUGGCCUACGGUUCUUUUCAGCAUACUUUAUUUCUUUAUUCUUCAUUUGCGACUAUGCUAAUUUGUGCUGCGCUUUGUAUAUUGCGUUGGUCGAUAUGUAAAUGAGAUGAUGCAUCCGUGUUCUUUAAUUUGCAUGUUGUUAGUAAAUUCCACGCCCAUCUGUGCUGCUUUGAAAUUGCAUUUUUCGCGCUAAUUUGCCUGGUUAGUAAAACUGGCCCAUCGUGUGUAGCCUCAACCUGUCCUCACUCCGAAGUCACCGAAUACUGAUAAUUAUCAUCUAUAUCAUCAAUAUUUUGAGACACUUGUUAUUUUUUUCAUUAUGACAUCAAUGUUAUUUUUUUUAUUUUUUUUUUUCUGUUUACCCCAUAUUAUCAUUAUGUUACAGGUAGUAACUACAAGGGUUAAGGUUAGGAUUAGGGGUCAGUUCAGGGUUAGUACCUAGUUAUUACCAGUUAUUAUAAUAAGUAUUUGGUAAGCACAUGCGGAGCAGGACUGUAAAAUAAAGUGCUACCCAGAUUAUUUAUAUUUUGGGCACCUAACUCAACCCUUGUUCCAAAACAUAAUCAUUUCUCAAUAUAACACAAUAUAAACACAGUAUAUGACUACAGUAUAGUCAUAAUAAUUUGGUACAAAAAUUAUACAUAUUCUAAGUCUUCCUAGGCCAAAUGAUUGCUUUGUGUGAGGAACAGAUCCAAAGCUGAUCACCAUUCGCCAUAAUGUUUUUUUUUUUUUUUUUGGUCAUCUGUAACUGUACUUUUAUCUGACCGUUACAUGUUUUAUAAUGUGGUUAGGUUUAGGGUAGGGGUGGGGUUACAUGCUCAAAAAUAUCUAUUAAGUAUAAAUAUAUUUCUACUUUAACAGAUGUAUGCAAAGAUUUCAAUGCAUAAUCCAUUUCGGGUCCCACUUAUAUUAGGUAUCUUUGAAUAAUAUGCACUUCCCUCCAAAAAAGGUUCGUUGUUGGGUAUUGUGAACUUAUUGUGUUAAUGUUGUAUGAAAAAGAAAAAAAAAAGAAAAAAAAAAAAACAUGUUUGCUGCUAUUAAGGUGGGAUACGGUUAAGGUUAGAGACAGGUUUUUAUAUAUAUACACACAUACAUAUAAUAAGUACAUUGUGUAGAAUCUUUUAUUUUUUUUAUUUUUUGAAGGUUUGGUGUGAGAACGGGUUGGUAUUCAGGCUACUAACUUUGAGAAAAAAGUCUGGUCCACCAAGUUUAUUCUCCCGCAUCAUUGCAUGUUUACACCAAAAGAGACGAAUGACAUGUAAAGUGACUGACUACAGUUUGCUCGUGUACUGUGUAACGUUUAGCAGGUAAAUCUGACUUCGACCGCACAGACAUCUCUGUUAACAGUUUUACAGAAACAUCGACGAAGAUUGCGAUCAGCAUUGUGAUCAGAACUUAUAACAAUCCAAAACUAAUAACACAUUAUCUGACAAAGAUCAACGCAGACAAUAUAGUUGCACUGGUUUAGCUGCUGCUAACUGCCUCAAACAAAAUGUUUAACUAUCGUCCAGAUUCAGUGCUAUGAACCUCUCAGUCUUUAGUAAAUCUGGCAAAUCUCCUUAACUUGUAUAAUCUAAUAUCUUGUAAACACUACUUCAAACGGUCUGCAUGAUGUCUGAGCCUAAUUCAGCUUCUUUCUUUCUUUCUUUCUUUCUUUCUUCAUUGGCUUUCAUUGGCUUCUUCAAUGAAAAAGAGUUCACAAAGACGAAGUCACUAUUUGUGUUAUGUACUGUAAAUAUCUCUUGUAUAGGAUUGUUAAAAUGCUCUUUGUAUUCAGAAGAAGAGAGUAGCUCUGUGUUUACAUAUGAAAUUAACUGAAAACAGUGAAUUAUUGAAAUGGUGGAGGGGCUCGUGGUGCAGAACCAAUAUUGUAAUUUUAUCAUGAAACAUGAUGAAAUCCAUCUAAAAGGGCCAAUCAGAGCUCAGCGUCCUCCACCGGUGAGAAGGGCACAUGAAUAUAGUUCAGCUUUACAAUGCUUGAAAAAAUAUAAAAGCACAAUACUGACCAGAUUUAACAAGAAGGCAUAUACACAUCUUUAUUUAUACAUUUACUUUUCAUUAGUUUUUUUAUUAUUAUUAUUAUUUAUGGUAUAGUGCAUCUCUCAUAAUCAUUUAUAAAUAUAUGUAAUCCUGAUGGACCUGCAUGUAAGACAUUUUCCAUAAAGGUCUGCAGUUUUAAUUUUAUCAACAGUCACAAAGAUACAAACAAUGCGUAUCAUGCUCAACAAGAUUUCUUAGAAGUUUGGCAUUUUAUAUCUCAGUAUAUCAAUAAUCGAUGAUUUCUGUAUUUUUUUAUUAUUAUUAUUUAUCUUAUUUUUUAUUUUAUUUUUUUUAUAAAAAGACAGCAAGGUUUAAAUAAAAAUAAGUUAAAAGUUCAAGGAAGUAAAACUUAACAUUGAUUUACUAUGAUUUAAUUUAUCAUCUUAUAUCUCAAACCCUUUGAUUAUCAGUAAUAAUUAAUUAUUGAGUGAUCUGAUGAAACAUUAUUCAUAACCAGGGAACUGUGGACUUGAAAGCAUGCCAGAAAUCAAGAAACAUAUUUAUAUUACUCAUGUUUAAUCAUGCAUCCCUCACAUCUGUACUGCAUGCAAUACUGGUACCAUGCAAUUCAUAUUUCUAAAUCGAUUCAAGAAAAGUUCAGAAGGAACUUGACAUAAAUUAGUGGUAUUUAACUAUAUGAAGAUAUAAAACAUAAUAUGAUAAUAAGCGCAGCUUCUGGACUCAAGGAUCAGAAAUGUGUGAAUGCAUUUAAUUACCAGCCUGUGGACAAUUCAGUAGGUUAUUAAUAGUGAUUGUAUAUUCAUAAUGAUGGUGAUUAUGUAACAAUUAAGUGUAACAUUGUGAUAUUUUCUGCUGUUCAUUUAUUGUCACAAUUAUUUGCACAAGAGCAAUGCUUAAAACAUCAAAACAAUUCAUAUUAUUCACAUACUGUAUAUUCAUACAUGCAGAAAUUAUUUUCUUUGUCGAUUCUUUACAAGUUGUUGCAACUUUAUCUGAGCUGUAGAAGAUGUCUCGGUGGUGUACAUUGUUAAAGGACAUGACGUAAGGAGAAUUUGGGCAUUAGGGCUUAUUUUAAUAUAUUUCAAAAACAAUUUCUAGGUGUAAAUAUAAAUUAUGGUACUAAACAUCUGAUUGGAGCCGAGUGUUCAUGUAAAUACUAAAUACUUUGUAACAACGUGUAAUGUAAUAUUUCUAAACUUUCUGGUUUGUACUUUACUGGUUAAUGCAAAGGUUACUAUGAAGCAAUGCUAUGAAUAAUACUUGGUGAUAAAUCAAUAAUGUAAAUAAUUUGAAACUUGCCACUUGCUCUCCUUAGUAAACAAAUAUUAUUUAUUUAUUUAGUCAUUCAUUCUUAAGACUUGCAUAAAGUGUAUUAGAGACAGAAUGUUCUCAUAACAAGUCAAUACCCACUAAGGCAUUUAUUUAUUUGUUUGUUUGUUUAUUUGCAUGUAUUUAUUUAUAUAUUUUUUGUUUGUUUGUUUGUUUAUUGUAUAGUCCCUUCUCUUUCUGAUGUUCUUCAUCUAAAACACUCUGCCAUUCUAAAAAGCUGCAAUGGUAUCAAUAUUUUUUUUUCCCCUUUGUUUUAUUUUGUAAUUAUAUUUUCCAUCUCAGGUCCCAAAAUGACUAGAUGCCACAAUUAGGCCUUGUUAGCUGUUUUAACAGAACAUUCUGUAUGAUUGUGUGUGUAAGAGACAGAGACGCAGAAAUGAUGGAAAUGGUCUAUGAAUGUGUGUGAGCACUAGUUUCUGAGAGCUAGAGAAAAUAUAAACAUUUGGUAACUGCUUUGCUUUUUGUUUGUGCCUCUCAUUCUUUUAUUUUACUUUUUUAUUUAAUUAUAUAUAUAAUAUAUAUAUAUAUAUAUAUAAUAU